AUGGACCCCACAACCUGCAGGGGGGGGGGGGGGGGGGGGGGGGGGGGGGGGGGGGGGGGGAUUAAUAUAUAUGGGGGGGGGGGGGGUGGGGGGGGGUGGGGGGGGGGGGGGGGGGGGGGGGGGGGGGGGGGGGGGGGGGGGGGGGGGGGGGGGGGGGUGGGGGGGGGGGGGGGGGGGGGGGGGGGGGGGGGGGGGGGGGGGGGGGGGGGGGGGGGGGGGGGGGGGGGGGGGGGGGGGGGGGGGGGGGGGGGGGGGGGGGGGGGGGGGGGGGGGGGGGGGGGGUGGUAA